AUGCGUACGCACCUCAACGUACGUGCAACUGUGACCGUCGUCGAGAUGCGCGACCCUACUGCGGCGCCGAAUACUGCGCAUUGGGGGAUCAGCAUAGUUCCGACUUCGGGAACGACGCAGGUGGUGUACCUCACCGGAACCGAUUGGACGAUGCAUUGGGAAGAGGCGGUCGAUAUGGUGACGUUCCUCCGCGGAGCAACAAACGAACCUCCCCUGCACUACUCCCUCUUGAUACACGAUAAGGCCGACUUCAUGCGUCUCUUAUACUACUGCUCUAACAUAAGGAUGUACAUGUAUACCGGGACCGUCCUGGCUUAG